AUGGAGGCAGUUGUUGCUGCUACAGCGCUCUGGCGACGGGUUAAUGCGGCUCGGUCGGUUGGUGAGAGCGUGGCUACUCCGGCCUGGUUGGUUUCCGGUGCUCUGCUGGGUUGGUCCAGGACAGAAUGGUGCGUGACAGGCGCCCGAGCUGUCACGGACACGCUUAAAUACCCAGGGCCGCGCCCAGCCAGGCCUGGGCCAGCACCCGCAAGACCAACCACUCCGAACAAUCUCCAAUGA